AAUUUCUCAAAUACAAGUUUUAAAAUAAUUUAAGUCGAAUUCGAGUUCAAGUUGAAAUUUUAUAAUGUCAGUGGAAGAACUCCAACUAAUCUUCAUCCCGGGACCGGGGAUCGGCCACAUUGUCCCGGCAAUCGAGGUCGCGAAACUCAUUCUCAACGAGGAAACGCGACUUUCCAUCACGUUCCUCCUUAUCAACGACCCUUCAGUUCGUGAAUACACGAACUCGAGCCGUUGCCAUUCCGAUCCUCACCUCCGGCUCCUCAACCUCCCCAAACUCGAGGAGGAGAGGAGCCCCAGCUCCGACUCCAAAACAAAGUCGGGGCUAGCUCCCGUCAGGAGCCGAGUGCACGUUGAUAGGCACAGGCCGCUCGUCAGAGAGGCCGUUCUCAACAUGAUGGCGACGAGAACCCGAGUUAUCGGGCUCGUGGUCGAUAUGUUUUGCUGGAGCAUGACCGACGUCGGCGACGAAUUCUCCAUCCCGACUUACGUAUUCUUCACGUGUGGCGUCGGCUUCCUCUCGCUCAUGAUGUCGAUGCGAAGGUUGACCGACGAGCACGGCGUCGACAUAACGGAGUUCAAAGAUUCCGACGAGUUGAUCUCCGUCGCCGGAUUCCUCAACCCUGUCCCAGCGACGGUUUUGCCGUCGGUGAUCACCGACAAAAACGGCGGCGCCUACGGCGUCGUGUCAUCGGCCCGGAGAAUGCGGAAAAGCAGGGGAAUCUUGAUCAACACUUUUCAAGAACUCGAGGCGAACAUAAUCCAAUCCCUCUCAAAUGAUGAUCAAAUGCCGCCGAUCUACCCCGUCGGACCUCUCCUCAACCUCGAAACCACGCCGGAAUCAGAAUUUUCCGAUGUAAUUCGCUGGCUGGAUCGACAACCUCGCAACUCUGUAGUAUUCCUCUGCUUCGGCAGCGAGGGUGGUUUCUCCGACGCACAGAUCAGGCACCUCGCGGCGGCGCUGGAGUCGAGCGGCCGGAGAUUCCUCUGGUCGCUGCGGCGGCGGAGGCAGAGGAAGACAGAUCCCUCGAUCCCGAUCGAGAUUCUGCCGGAGGGAUUCUUGCAGAGGACUAAAGGAGCCGGAAGAGUGAUCGGAUGGGCGCCGCAGGCGGCGGUGCUGUCGCACGCCGCCGUGGGGGGGUUCGUCUCCCACUGCGGCUGGAACUCGGUGCUCGAGAGCAUGUGGCACGGCGUUCCGAUGGCGGCGUGGCCGAUCUACGCGGAGCAGCAGAUCAAUGCGUUUCAGUUGGUGGCGGAGAUGGGGGUGGCGGUGGAGGUGAGGGUGGAUUAUAGGGAGGAUAGUGAGAUUGUCGUAACCGCGGAGGAGAUAGCGGCGGCGAUAGAGCGGCUGAUGGAGGAGGGGAGUGCGGUGAGAGAGAGGGCGGCGGAGAUGAGAGAGAAGAGCUCGGCCGCCGUCGCGGACGGUGGCGGCUCGCGCGAGUCGUUGGCCGGUUUGGUUCGCGACAUUAUGCGAAAUUCGAGUGGUUGAGAUUAAUAUCAUUUUAUGAAUUUUUCGUAAUAAUAAUUUUGUAUGAGAAAUUUGAAAGUUAGUAUAUUAGUAUUGAAUAUUGAUUGCUAACCUUACUAAGCUUGAAAUAAAUCGUUCAAUUUGUUCGUUA